UUCCAGUACGGAACGAGGAUUUUAUUCAUCGUUGGACUAUCGCAGAACGAGGAUAUUAACGAUCAAGUGAAGCAGGAAGCAAUAAUUCAUCAAGAUAUACAUCAAAUCAAUAUAAUCGAAUCCUAUCAUUCGAUGACGUACAAAGCAAGAAGCUGGAUCACACAUUUGCAUUCGAUUUGCCCUGAGAAAAAGAUAAGUUUUGUGGUAAAACUCGAUGAUGAUAUUACAAUUGAUUUGCAGUCAUUGAUAGAACUAUUAACGGAUUCAUCAAUUCGCAAAAAUUUCGUCGGCUGUCGUUUAUUUAUGAAAGGAAUGAUAACACGAAAUCCGUUUAUAUCAAGGGAAGAGUUCCCAUUCGAUAAUCUCGGAUUGUACUGUCAAGGAUUGGCUUACAUCUUAAGUGGUGAUCUAAUUUCGAAAAUGUACUACAACAUUGCAAAGGUCCAAUUUCUUUGGGUUAGAAUCCAGCUUUGA